CAUGAAUAUUUAUCCUUACAAUACCUUAUCCUUUUCCCUACAAAUACCCAAACUUUCUCUCCAUCUUAUUCAUAACAUCCAAGAAUCACCUAAAAGCACUUUGCUUCCAACAAUGGCAGCCAAGAACACCAUCUUUUCAAUUCUUUUCGGUUUAGUAUUGUUGGGAGUAGCUCGUCUUAACGUGAUCAAUGCACUGAGUUCUAACUACUAUGACCAAACAUGCCCACAGGCCGAAUCAGCCAUUACGAGUGUCGUGAAGAAAGCCAUGUUGAAUGACCGAACAGUUCCUGCUGCACUUCUUAGAAUGCAUUUCCAUGAUUGCUUUAUCAGGGGAUGUGAUGCUUCUGUGCUGUUGAAUUCAACUGGGAAGAACAAAGCUGAGAAAGAUGGACCUCCAAACAUAUCUUUGCAUGCAUUCUACGUGAUCGACAAUGCCAAGAAAGCAGUAGAGGCUGUGUGUCCUAAAACCGUYUCUUGUGCUGAUAUCUUGGCCUUAGCAGCAAGAGAUGCGGUCACUUUGUCUGGAGGGCCAACAUGGGAUGUGCCAAAAGGAAGAAAGGAUGGAAGAAUUUCGAAGGCAACAGAAACACGACAGUUACCAGCUCCAACGUUCAACAUUUCCCAGUUGCAACAAAGUUUUUCACGUAGAGGUCUUUCCAUGAAAGAUUUAGUUGCACUCUCAGGAGGCCAUACUCUCGGGUUCGCUCAUUGCUCAUCAUUCCAGAACAGGAUACACAACUUUGCUUCAAAGCAAAGCGUAGACCCAACACUGAAAUCAUCAUUUGCAGCCAGUUUAAAGAGGGUCUGCCCGGCACAAAACACCGUAAAAAAYGCAGGGGCGAAUCUUGACUCUACACCCACUACAUUCGACAACAGAUAUUAUAAGUUACUUCUCCAAGGUAAGAGUAUUUUUUCAUCUGAUCAAUCAUUGGUGACAAUGGCAAGCACAAAUGCAAUGGUCUCAAAGUUUGCUAGCUCAAGACAAGAGUUUGAGAAAGCAUUUGUGAAAUCCAUGAUCAAGAUGAGCAGCAUCAGUGGUGGUGGCCAAGAGGUUAGGUUAGAUUGUAGAGUGGUAAACUGAACCAGAUUGGCUGAAGGGAGGUAAUUGAUUGAAAUUGUUUGCAUUUUAUGUUCAUUUGGAUUUCGUCCAGAAGUUUGAAGGAUCACUGAAGUAUAUGCAUAUUUAUUGUAUUUUUUGUCAUAAUGGUUACUGUUUAAUGAAUAUUCGAUAAAAAGGUUCUCGCUA